CUGGCUACUAGAACAACAAAAAAAGACAUCGACAGGGAGAUAAAAAAUACAGGUCUGAAAUCACUUUGGAGGCGCUCUAUGGGACAGACCCACCAAUGCACCUCAAGGUACAGCAAACGGGGAAGGGGGUUCAGGAGAUAAACCAGAGUGAUGGAAAGGGUUAAAGCCGAGCUUGGACCAUGUGGAACGUGACCGUACAGAGGGAAUUUCCAAGGAUAUUUGGCAAGGAGAGAUAAACAGUGAGUUUUCGAUCUAACUUGCGUGUGUUAAACAGCGGAGGAGCGCUCUCUGUUCACCAGCACUGAGAAUAUGUUGAUCCACCUCACGCCUGAGCGAGACUUCGCUUUUGUUCCAAACUGCUCACCUUUGGAGAGAGUUUGCGUAAAGCGAGGGAGAAAAGAGGGGCGGGCCAAUUCCUCCACUGCCGUGCCCCGAGUAGAGGGAUCUGCAGAACCCGUCCGCUUGCACGGGCUCCCCAACUAGUCCAAUGUCCCGCAAAAGUGACUGAGAAGAAAGCUAAUCUGCCGAAUGAUUGGCGCCGCGGGCAGGCAGGCACGGCCAAUUCAUCCCUGGGUCUGGAUUCGCUCUGCACAGUGUGUGAACAUCUUCAACGGCAGAGGUUCGGCGCCGACCCAAUGCUGUGGGCACUGUCGGACCUGGUGAUGGACAUUAACGGCAGCUACAUCAGCAAGCUCCGCUGGCACACCGUCGGGGGAGCCCUGGAAGAGCUGAACACCCCUCUGAUGAUCCCUGGCUCGCUGGGAUCAUCAGAGCUCCUCCACAUCGCCCAGUACCCCACGCCCAUCGCUGACACCUCCCCGCAGCGCAAUGGCACCAAAUGCGGGGCGGAGAUUCUGCCCUACGGCGACACGGAGAAGGUGAUCAUCGGGGCCGUCCUGUCCACGAUCACCUUGCUCACCAUCUCGGGCAACUGCCUAGUUAUGAUCUCGGUGUGUUUCGUGAAGAAGCUGCGCCAGCCUUCGAACUAUCUGAUCGUGUCCCUGGCCCUGGCCGAUCUGUCGGUGGCCGUGGCCGUGAUGCCCUUUGUCAUCGUUACCGACCUGAUAGGCGGCCAGUGGAUAUUUGGGCAAGUCUUCUGCAACGUCUUCAUUGCGAUGGAUGUAAUGUGCUGUACCGCUUCCAUCAUGACGCUGUGUGUAAUAAGUAUAGACAGGUAUUUAGGAAUAACAAGACCAUUGACAUAUCCAGUCAGACAGAAUGGGAAAGGCAUGGCCAAAAUGAUCCUUUGUGUAUGGCUCCUGGCUGCAUCUGUCACACUACCACCUUUGUUUGGUUGGGCCAAGAACAUAAAUGAUGACAAGGUUUGCCUGAUCAGCCAAGACUUCGGUUACACCAUUUAUUCUACGGCAGUGGCAUUCUAUAUCCCCAUGUCAGUGAUGCUUCUCAUGUAUCACCAGAUUUUCAAGGCUGCCAAGAAGAGUGCAGCCAAACACACCUUCACUGGAUUCCCUCGGCCUGAUGAUAUGAACAUGAUUGAGGCAGAUCAAAGAGGGGUUAAGCCACACAAAGAGUCAGAGGAAUGUACCAACUUCACCCGCCUUCUCAAAAAUGAGCGUAAGAACAUGUCAAUCUUCAAAAGGGAGCAGAAAGCCGCGACCACUCUUGGCAUUGUAGUCGGAGCGUUCACUGUGUGUUGGUUACCAUUUUUCAUACUUUCUACAGCAAGACCCUUUAUCUGUGGCACCAAGUGCAGCUGUAUACCAUUUUGGUUGGAAAGAACGAUCUUGUGGUUUGGAUAUGCAAAUUCACUGCUAAAUCCUUUUAUAUAUGCGUUAUUCAACAGGGACCUGCGGACAACCUAUCACAAUCUACUGAGGUGCAGGUAUAGGAACAUUAACCGCAAACUCUCUGCUGCAGGAAUGCAUGAGGCUCUGAAGCUGGCAGAGAGGCCGGAACUGGUACUGUAAGCAGAGCACGUUCUUUGAAACAGAAAUACCUCAGGGAGAGAAGGAUUCUCUUUGUCUGUAAGCUAUUGUUGCUGUAAAGUGGACUCUUACACAGAAAAUGUUUUAUUAUUCAGGCAUCAUUCAUGCAUCAGGGAUGUUGGACUGGAUCUAUAGACAAUAUCGGAUGGGUACAGCUGGCAGUGGGACUCACUGGCUCAUUCCCAUUGAUGUUUUGGUGUCUCUUUUUUUAUGUGUGUUGUGAAAUGGAUUAUCCCACCACCACAGGCCUUCAUUACCUCAGCAAACUGGAUUUUAGGAAGUCAAAGACCACAAUGCAUUUUGAAAGUAUCACUGGGUAGAGAACACUCUUCUUAUUGGUACUUGGCAUCGAGCAGCCUAUUUGUGGUGUCAAAUAGGGAUGGUUACAUUAAUGUUUCUCCUGGGUCCACAGAGCACUUAUUGUUGCUGCAUGCUCUUCUGGAACCUUUCCUUGUAAAGGCUCCCUCCAGCCCACUCUCCCCUCACUCCCCCCAGCACACUCCAUCCCUUUUAAUCUACUGGGAUAACGUGCACGUGAAGAACCCACCAGAUUUCCUAUUGCCCUUGAUCAACAAACUUUCAAAAACACCAAGAAAAUUCUUUGGGCUUCCCACCACUUCCAUUGGCUUCCCAUACUUCAAAAAUUGGCAUCACCAUAUGGAUUUAAGCAAGCACCAUAUGGAUUUAAGCAAGCCCCUGAAUCUGACAGACCAUUUGCAGAACUGCACACAUACACACAAACAUAUGGAUUAAGAAUCAAAUUUUACAGGACCUUUUGUCCUUUUCUCACGGAAGAACCCAGGAUCUCCACAAUAGAACAUAGAACAUAGAAUAUUACAGCACAGUACAGGCCCUUCAGCCCACGAUGUUGUUGCCAACAUUUUAUCCUGCUCUAAGAUCUAUCUAACCCUUCUCUCCCACAUACCCCCCCAUUUCUCUAUUAUUCAUGUGGCUAUCUAAGAGUCUUAACUGUCCCCAAUGUAUCUGCCCCCACAACCUCUGCCAGCAGUGCAUUCCAUGCACCCACCACUCUCUGUGUAAAAGAUUAGUGUCAACACUUUACUCCUUUGUUUUGGAAAAUGACCUGUGACAAUUCUCCAGCUCCUAGUGCCAGUCUUCACAUCUUUUACUAUUUUAGAAGCAGAAAAGAACAAGUUCAGAGCUUGCAUUUAUUUGGUUCCUAUCACAAAUGCAAAUCCAUCCUAAGUUGCUUUAUCACCAGUGAGAUAGUUUCUCGAUGUGUUGCCAUUGUUACAUUGAUGGAAAACUAGCAGGCAAUUUACACCCAUCACGAUCUCACAAACAACUAAAUUAUAAUGUUUAAAUGCUCUGUUUUUAGAUCUCACAGUAAGACAGUAAAGAUUGUAAAGCCUAGCACUAGAAACUGGGGAAUUGACACGGGAUGUUUUAAAAAUAAAAGGGGGGUGGUGGGGGGUGAAGAGUUCUGGAGAUUCUGGGACUUCCAUCACAAGAGAGCAGAAAGUUCUGCAUAAUUCAAUUCCUAAUCCAUAUGUUUGAGGGCAUGAGGGCAUGCCACUUUUGAGGGAUAGUAUAUUGGGUAGUCGGAUAACUGCACACUCAGCAAGCUGUAACGAUGGUCAGGCCUGAAAUUACAAGAGAUUCUUGAAAUAAGCUAAAUAAUUUGUUUCUUACUGAGCUACCAAAGCCACUGGUGCUAUAAAAUGAUGCAACUGUCCGUGAUCCACAGCACAUCAGCAGUGAAAUGCUCAAAUUGUGUAUCUCUAAUACUGAUCCAUUAUCUACUAAAUUGUUACUGAGGAUUCCGUGCCAAUGGAAAUGAAAAUCAAAAGAGAUGUACGACAAGCAUUACCCUUGUGCAUUUCUUAUUAUUAUCCCAAGCAGAAUUCUUUACACCUCAAGGAAAGGAGCUGAGCAUCCUUAAGAUAACUGGCUUGAGGGAGAGAGCAUAGGAAAGUUGUCUCAAGCCUAAUAUCCUGCAGAAGGCCAACUAGUAUCUGCUUAUCUCAGCUUAUAUCUAUUCAGCUGAAGGUGUCUCCACAGUUCCUCAGAUGGGGUGAACAUUGUUCAAAGGCAAUCCUGAGAAAGUGCCACUAAUAAGGUUUGGUGAAAACAUUUUCUCUCUGGGAAAGAGGAAGAGAAAGGUGGAGGGCUGGAGUACGCUCUCUGGAAGAUAGAGACCAGAUAACGGCCUAGAGAUUCUGUCAUGUUGUGCAAUGUUUACAACACACUGACAUCCAGAGGCAGCUGAACGUGUGCAACAUGUACAUUGCAAGAAUGCAGGUUUCAACAUCACUUCUGAGAAAUUCAGUCAUGCCUGUGUGAUAUGUGGAGAGCACAGUGCCACUGAUGCAGAAUCAGGUUUUUGUGUUAAACCUGCGACUGCUUUGGCAUUUCUUAAAGGGAACCUUCCUGAGCAGGUUCCUGCUUGUAGAGUCAGGUCCUUAAUAUUGGCAGAAGGCAGAUACAUGUUGUCAGGAAUUCACCACUUGCUCUGGCUUUUCCUUGAGCUCUCCCCAUUGUACUCCAGCUUUGUAGGGACCCUGACCAUGUCUAUCAGCUCUUACUCUAUCUGGACCUCAAUCAACUCUGUCUGAUAGAUAAUGACCUUGACACCCCAAACUCACCACCCCCCGACCCUGCAGCCAAUCACAAGCCCAUUCCAUGAUGCCCUAGCCUGAUCUUUGCUGUUCCAGUACUAAUCCUACCUAAAGCUCUUCCCCUCCUCAUAUCCCAAGGCAUUUCUCCACAAAGAUCAUCCUUAGGGUCUCCCCGCACACCCUACAACCAGUACCUGUGAACUACCUGACUCACUCGGGUCAACAAUGCCUCAUGAAAACAAGAUCAAUGGAUCGAUGAAGGAUUCCUGAGACAAAGGGCCUGUAGAGAGCCGAGGGGCAGAUUUAACUUUAGGGCAACCAACAGGUGGAGUGAGCAGGUUGCCACUUGAACAGAGUAAAUAUGCUGAUGCCACUUUAAAUGGACCUGGUGAACUGCAGAUGCCAAGUAUCCGGGUCCUGGUGAAAUGCACCUGAACUGGGUGUGUGCAACUUGAGAGUGCGGAGGUAGAGCUGGGAAAUACAGGUUAUUUCUGUGGAAAUGCGAGGAGCAGGGUGUAAGCUUUGGUAAUAUUGAUGGGGCUGGCACCCUAUUUGUGUCCAAGUUACAACCCACCCACAGUGGGCCAAAUGGCUUCCUCUGUCCUCCACCAGGUUUUCCCUCAAGUCCAAUAGCCCCUCUCUGCAGGUGCUGACUGAAGUAGCCUAACUCCGCAGAGCAGCAGGAUACUGACGAACACUGCAGAAGCUGCACUCAGUGCUUGGCAUCAGGCUGUAGAUCGGAGAUCUAAUGCCAUUCAUUAGCUGGGGCCUUCAGCAGAAAACGCACAAGCAACUUCUGUAGAAACCUUUCAACUGUCUCAGGCAUUGUGGCAAAUAAAGGAGGAGCACUUACACAAAGUCAGAACUUCCCAAAGUUCUGCAAUGUCAAUUACUUUUUUAAGUAGUAGUCACUCCACCAAUGUAAGAAACGGCAUCCAAUUCCCACAAAUUGAAGUUUCACAAACAGUAAUAAAAUAGACAGAUCAUUUGUUUAAAGAAUUUAUGAAAUCAUUUUAUCAUGAACAAAAGCUUUUAAAAAGUGUUGGAUUAUAAGGUGAGUCUUAAAGCAGAUGUGGAAAGAUGAGAGUGAACUCCAGAACUGAUGUGAGUUCAUCAACCCAAAGCAUUAACUGUUUCUUUCUCCAUAGGCACUGCCUGACCUGCUGAGUAUUUCUGGCAUUUUCUGUUUAAAUUUUGGGUUUAAUGUAUUUUUUUUCAAGUGCUGCUGAGGCUAUCAAGGCCUUUAGUUCUGGGGAGGUAAAACACAUUUUUGGUGUCUUGUUUUGUAUGAACCAUUAUGUAGUCACAUUUAAACAAACAUUAUCCAGUUCUUGAUUCAAAUCUUGACAUUGUCUAAUAUAAGCUACUGGAUGUACUGUUUAAACCUCUUGACCAUGGAAUUUAAAGCUUCUUUCUUAUUAAUGUCAUCCAAUUUUUCAGCACAGAAAAAGACUUUCCAGUCCAACUUCCUAGCUUCAUCUCUGAAAGGUCUAAUUGAUUUUGUUAUUAGUUUCAGCAGGCAAUGCCAGUGAAGUGCUUGCUGCAGUUGGGGAAUCAAUCUUACUCGAUUUGACUUCAGGCUUGGUUCUUGAGACUCAAAUCGGAGUUACUUCUCAAUUUCAAUUCCCCAUUUUAUUGAUAAAUUAACUAAGCAACUUAGGUUCUGAUGCGGAGAUGUUCACAGACCUCUGUCUUAAAUACAUAAGUGCUCAGUGAAUCUAGAAAGAGAGAACCCUACAGUGAAAGGGAUAUUAUUCACCAUAUCAUGUGCCUGAGAAACAGGUCAUGAGUCCAGUUCAAAUUAUUCCACCCAUUCAGUGCUUUUUACUUUGGUACUGAUUUAAUUAGGGUUUGGUUAAAGCAUCUGCAAAGCACUGUUCAUACAUUUUCUGAACGGUUAGGUUACUAAGUUACUAUGGUUACUAAGGUUAAAAUCCAGUUAAUUCAUAAACAAUGUUUCUGGUAAAUUUGGUUGGAAUUUUCUUGUUCUCUGGUAUUAUUUUGAAUCCUUAAGAUAUGUAAUGGAUUCUGGAGAGAAGGUAAUGUGCGUUUAUUGCAGGUUUUUAGAUCAUUCAUUAAAUGAAUGCCAACUGAGCUAAAUUAUGAUCCUACCUGUCCCUCUCCUCAAAGUCUCAAGAAGGUUGGUCUUGUUGGGUUAGGAGUAUGAACAUGCAUGCUUAUAAAUUCCAUGUGAGAUUAAAUAGGUACUACUGUGCAUUUGCCUGGGGAGUUAUUUUGAUCAAAGGGUGAAAACAGGUGCCAAAUAGGUACGAUAAUAAUAUUGUAGCCCUUGUGAAAGUCCAGGUUCAAAAAAUAUUUUUGGUCCAGAUUGUCAUAAUUUGAACUUGCCUUGAAACGGUAACAAAUCAUUGCGGGCUUGGCAUUAAAGGAUUGAUCAGACUAAUUCCUUCUGUCAUAUUUAUAUGGGCUCCUUACUCCCAAUUGUGUUGGAGCUGAGGAUUUGGCUGGCACACUGUAGCACUUUGUAGAAUGACCCAGGGCAAAGGAAGAAGGUGCAUCAGUACUCAAACAAGGUACUGGUGGAGAAGGUGCAGAGAAGGAGGGAUAUCCAGUAGUCACAGGGCCAGAAAGAAGUCUAGGUUAACCAUGAAAGCAGAAAUAGUCUUGCCAGGGCUAUCAUGCCUCCUUCCCAUUCCUAUUCAGAUGGAGAAGGUCCCCAUAGAUGCCAAUGACCAAGCUUUCCCUGUCUAUCUGUGACACAUGUAUGACGUUCAAUAGGCUGGACUAGCACUGCAAUGGCUCUUGAUAACUUAAUUCUUUUAUAGAUUUCUAGAAUAAACGUUGGUGUAAUGCUGGUGAAACCUUGUUCCAGAAAGCCUUCCAAUGUCCCCUUCAGAUCUUCAUUAGCGGCAACCACGAAAUGGUGAUACUUUCUGUAAGUGAUGAGUAUCCCUUCGUGGAAUGUGAAAUCAACGUCAACACCAUAUCUGCAACCAAACAGUCGGCCACUGUCAGGUGAUUAAUUGAAGCAUUUACCAUCAAAUGCCAUGCAGCCUCUUUUUAGAUGAGCACCAGCAAAUGUGUUUAAGUGGCAGUGAGGUGAUAAAUAAGCCAAAUGCUAUCUCCUCCAGCAUUUUUGCUUCAGACCCCGUCCUGGGCACCUCUUUAUCUCUUUAAUAGUCAAAGUAUUUGACAAAAUUCAUCCUCUUGGACUUUACACAAUGAAGGAGUCGGAGAUCUCAAGUAUUAUACUCACAACAGCAACAUGUUACAAUGUUAGGGGCUUACUUAAGCUCUUGCAAGUUGCUGAUAAAUGCAGCAGAUGCUUACCUUUCAAAGGAAUGGAAAUGGUGACAAAUAGUUAAUCCUGUUUAUAAAGUGGACAAAGAUUCCAUAUACUGAGAUAAAUUGUAUUGUAUCUGGUUUUGUGCUAUCCUUCCUGUGAUGUAUGUGGUAUGAAAAAUAAGCACCAAAUUAAUAAUGUGUAUACUUAAGAUUUUGUCUUCUGUGUCUGAUGUAUAUGUAUAUAUUUCAUAUACGUACUGCAAUGCAAUUUUUAGAUGGAGAGUUUCUUGAUUGCCAAAUGUAUGACCUCAAUAACAAAUUGUAUUCAAAGGAACUGAACAAAUACUGAAAGACCUCCACCACAGUCCCCAUUCAAACCUCCUACUUUGGACAUAGUUUGAAUCGCUGGUAGAUACGUUCACAAAAUAUUACUAUUUUGUGCUUGAACAAACUUCAAACAAAUUUAUUUCCAUACAUUCUGACAGUUACAUCACUUUAGGCUAAUUACAUCAAAGCUAGUUAUUAGUUGUUCAUGACUACAUUUGUAAUUGUAGUUGCACAUGAGUUAUCAUGUGAGAUUCCAAAUUAUGUGAAGUAUCUUUCCUGGUAAUAAUCCAUGAAACAAACGAUUGCAAGAGAAGCUGCUUUUCUUUAAAUUGCCAAUUACUAGUUCAGAUAACAUGCUGCAGUGAAGCUUAAGUUAAGCAUUCAUCUUCAGCAUCGAACAAAAUUGCUUGGUGCUCUGGAUAUCCCAGUGAUUGAAUCUUGGCUUGAGUCAGGACACAAUCACUGUGAUUAUGCAACCAAUCUACUCAGUGCUAGCUGAUUUCUAGAUAGGAUCAAGAAGCAGGUGGGAAUGAGUGAUAUUUCUGUUACUGCUUUUCUGAUAUUUCAUUCUUGUAAAUGCACAGAACCUGUCAAAUGCCUGAUUGAAAAUUGAUUAAAAGAAACUGGUUUAACCCAAA